UUCUCCACUUCACUGAUGCUCAAGCAGAGAUCAAGAUUCAAGAGCGCCAUGAUGGAGGUGUGGAGGCGAGGUCUGUCUUCCUCAGCGCUCAGAUUAUCAUGGAAAUUAAGACUUCCCCGUAGAUUGAGAGGCGGUUUGCUGGAGAAAUGGGGUGACUACUGGGCCACCGUGGCGCAAGACUACAAGGAAGUGGCACUCGACACUGUGAAGGAAUCCAGGAAACACCCGCUGAAGUCAAGUGCUUACAUUUCUUUGAUAGCUGGCAUAGUGUAUGCAGUCAAAACCAACCCUGAUGAGAGAGACUACAAAGACAUGCUGCACAGAUACAUGAACGAGUCGGCCAUGUUGAGCAGCAAGGUCAGGAAUGCCAAGGUGGAUGAUCACCUCCACUACAUGGCUGACUGCUUCGACCACCACCUCUUGAGAAGGCUGAGUCUUGGAAUUUGCUCCUUUCUGUGGGUGGACAAUUACUCCAAGGAAUGUGGAGUUUUCAAGAGCCAGUGUGGAUACCUGAAGCCUCGCUACCUCACCUUCCAUAAGCGGGUGCAGGAUGUGGGCUUCCUGGGACACUGGUGGAGGACUCGACGACUCAUGGAGGAGUUUGACAUCAACCACCAGGAGCUGCCACAAGAAGCUGAUGAAUUGGGACUAAGAGACAAGCUAGAGUUAAUGUGGGAAUUUGCAAAAGGGAAAGUUUCUCAAAUCAGAAAUGUUUUGUGAGGUGAGUAGUGUAUUAAUUGUGAUCUGAACAAAAUAAUGAAAGUGUAUAUGGAUUCGACAUGGUAAGGGGGAAGGGGAUGAGUUGUGGAGUUUUGGAGAUGGUGCAAUUGAAAAGAUUAUAAUGAAUAGAUAGAAGAUAGUAAUGAAUGAAUGCUGGUGCAUAAUGCUGAGAUGAAGACAAAUGUGAGUAUUGAAUGGUAGGAAAACACAAACUUGUGUUUUCCUACCAUUCAAUAUGCACGCUGGUGCAUAAUGUGAAGGCAUCACCCAUGUUGUAUAAAGUUAAGAAUAGAGAGUUGGAAUAUGAGAAUGAGAGCAAGAAUUGUAGUGUGCUAAGACAACCAUCAAAUGGAGUCCCUUGUGUGCUAUGACCAGCUCCUCAUAGAAACUCUCAUAAAUAAAUGUACAAACUUGGAAC